AUGCCGGAUGUUAUUGAAGCGCUGCCCAUCCACGCCUAUGGCAGAUCCGCGCAAGAGAUUAAGGACAAGCUCCAUGACUACCACAAGGUCUUCCUGGAGGAUUUCCAAGGCACCUCCGGCAGGACGAAGAAGACGCUUUGGCUUACCGAGGUGACCAUGGGCACGAACGAGGCCGAGGAUCUCGUUACAUUCGUCGAUGACCUGAUGAACCCGACUACGGGCCUUCAGAAUCGACAGCUUUUCGGAUUUGUGGAGCGGAUCAGCUGGUUCUCCGAGUGGAGCAUGGGCGCGUUCACCCUGGGCUCUUACAAGCCACACGCCUACGAGGCCUGGUCCUCGAGUCUCUUCGAGCCCACCACCGGCCGGUUCACUCCGCAUGGGGCGCGGUUCAUCCACUUUUGCCGUGAUUCUGGCUCUAGCCUGGCACCGCCUUCUCCGUCGGUGACAGCAGCCCCACAGCAGCAAGCGGAGCCGAAGACGAAAGCCAAGAUU